CGUUACUCUUCCGUUAAGUCUUCAACAAUACGCCGACCUACGCCGUUAAGUCCUUUAAAAUCCUCUCUCUCUCCUCUUAACUUUCUCUCUCCUCUCUGCGCAUCCUUUCUCUCUCCUCUCUUUUGCGGUUUAGGGUGGAUAAUUCUCAGCGCCGGCACUCGUCAAUUUUCCUCUUGAUUUUGGUAAUGGUAAGUAGCUGAUCAACAAACAAAUCUAUCAAUUACUGGGGGAUUUCAAUGGGACGACAGUAAUUUUCUGGCGCUGAAGUUGUGAAAUUUACCUGUUCAUAUUGUAUCAUAUAGGUAGUUCUUUUCUUUCUAGAUUUUCUUAUAUUAAAUGGACGCCAGUUCAGUUGCUCACAGGGCUGCCUACUUGUAUAUUAUGGCAUCUGUGAUGCGCUUUUGAUCUGUAAAUACGAGUCAAAAUUUUGUGGCCUUGGUUGCGGUGAAUUUUUGGGGUUAGCGUUGUUUACAGGGAUUGAUCCACUAGAUUCCAAUGGAAGGAAAAUACGCAAAGGUAUUGGAUAGUGGUCGUAGAGUUGUCGUUGACUUGAAGAGGAAGAGAGCUGCCAGGUUUGCUACGUAUCUGGCUCGCAAUGCCAUUCCACAGCUCUCUACUUUGAAGUCUUCUAAGCUUGGCAAGCGAAAAAAACCUGAUGUCUGCAAGGCCAAGUGCAGGAGCUGUAAACUUGCCUCUCGUAGGUCUUUGCUUCGCUAUUACGCAAAUUUUAUGAAAAGUGGGCUGCCUAAACGGUUGAUGUUUUUCCAGAAUGGUGAAUGGAUAGAUCAUGAGUUUGAACUUGUUGGAUUGGUGAAAGAAGAUUUUGAGUAUAAAGAGGGUGGUGUUGUUGAAGUGAAAUUCAAGUGUUACCAUCUGAGGCUUGAUUUUGUGCACAUGGUGCAGUUCAAUUUCAAAACUUCUUUGGAGCAGCCAAUUGCCUGGAUUGAUGAAGAUGGCUGCUGUUUUUUUCCGGAAAUUUACGUUGAUGAUCAACAUGGACAUUCCCUUCCGGCGAUUCGGAAAAAUGGGAUACAUGCCAGUCGAGAGAUAAAGUUGCAGAUUGAAAUUCAAGUAAAUGGGGUUGGGGAUGCAAACUUAGUGGAAUAUUGUGGAGAAUCGAGUCCUGUUGUCAAACGAAUAAAAGUUGGUCAAAAUGCUGAAAUUGAGGAUAGUUGCGAUAAGGUGUCUGAUGUGAGGAUGAAUGUAAAUGUUGGGGAAAAUCAACAUCUCGAGAAAAAUUUGGAUACUGAGAUUGAGAAAAUGAGCUUUGAUUUGGAUUCUGAUGCUGUGAAAGGAUUAUUUCUUAAUGGCGUGGAUUCUGCCGCUGGUCCAAAUAUUCUAGGAAUAUGUCCCAACUCAGCUGCUAUGCGCCAAGGUCGAUUAGAGGUUUUUUUGAAGCAGGUUGAAAUAACGAAAAAGUUUCGUGGUAAUGCAAAUGUUUGCUAUGCAUGGCUUGCAUCUACCAAAGAAGCGUCGUCUGGUAUUAUGACUUACGGACUUGGGCAUUUUGGAAUUAAUCAAAUCAAGUCCAUUUAUGGUGUUGGUGUUCAUCUCACAGCUGCUAACUGUGCCGAUGCCAGUGCAAAUUAUUGUGAUGUUGACGAAAAUGGAGUGCGAUAUAUGGUCCUUUGUCGUGUGAUCAUGGGAAAUAUGGAGGUAGUUCUUCCUGGAUCCAAGCAAUUCCACCCUAGUAGCGAGAGCUUUGACAGUGGAGUUGAUGAUCCUGAAAAUCCACGACAUUAUAUAGUGUGGAGCAUGAAUAUCAAUACUCAUAUAUACCCUGAGUAUGUUGUUAGUUUCAAGGUUCCUGCUAACCGUGAAGGUCCACUUUUGAAAAAUAAUGGCAACCUUCUCACCGACAGUGUUAAGACUGGUCAUCAAAACCUUAUGGACCAAUGUAAAGUGGAAGCUGCAGUUGACGUUGGAAAUGAUCACCCGUCAUAUAUAACAAGUGACGGGAGCAAGGAAAGAAGUCCUAGUGUGAAUUCACUUCCAAAAUCCCCUUGGAUGCCAUUUCCUAUGUUAUUUGAAGUUAUUUCAAAGCAAAUUCCGCGAAAUAAAAUGAAGUUGUUGCUUGCAUUUUAUGAGAUAUUCAGGAACAAGAUGAUUUCUCGAGAGGAUUUCGUGAAGGAGUUGAGACUAAUUGUUGGGGAUGCUUUGUUGAGGUCUACAAUAAGUGAGCUCAGCUACAAGGCGGCCCCAGUGAAUGACAACAUGAUGACUGUGACCAAACAAGAAGUAGGAAGUUAAAAUGGUAGCUCGUUUAGUGCGCCCCGAGUAAUGCGUCGACAUGAAGGUUGUGAAUAUGAAUACUUGUUAUGGGUCUUCAGGUUCAUUUAGCUUUGCUUUGUGGUUUUGUUGUUUCUAUUUUUUUUCUUAUAGUUGAACAUUGUUCAUAAUAUAAGCAGACUUAAGUAUUCUGUUUGGAGUUUAUUACCAAUGGAACAAGUUCAUGGAACUGCAGUUUGUUUGAAAUAAUUUAUUGAUGUUAUGUUUUUGGAGUUUAUAAA